UAAUUUUUUUCUUUUUCUUUUUCAUUUUUUUUUCCUUGAAUUCUCUCUCUCUAUAUCUAGUCUUUUUUCUGGUUCUUACAUGUGUUGGUUGUGUGUGGGGGAGGAGUUGAUCAACCAUGACCAAGCUUCCAGGGUUUCUGAGCUUCUUAUCUCUUGUAAAAUUUUCUCUGGAAAACAGCAGAGAAAGUUAAGGGUUUAGGGUUUUGUGCGUCUGUUGUUGACUUCUUGUUGCAGUUUUAGGUUUUGCAGAGAUGGGUAGCGGAGAAAAGGGUCUUCUGAACUUCCAUCUGCAUCUCCCUCACCUUCAUGGGAAAAAGCAGUACAGGGAUGUUCCAAAGGGGUGUUUGGCUAUCAAGGUAGGGCAAGGAGAAGAGCAACAGAGAUUCAUAGUCCCAGUAAUAUACUUCAAUCACCCUCUCUUCAUGCAGUUGCUUAAGGAAGCCGAAGAGGAAUAUGGGUUUGAGCAGCAAGGGGCAAUCACCAUUCCCUGUCAUGUCGAGGAGUUCCGAUACGUUCAAGGCAUGAUCGACAGAGAACACUCUCUUCACCCUCAGAACCAUAACCACCACCACCACCACCAUGGUGGCUGUUUUAGAGUUUGAAAGCAUGUAAAUUUCUGAGUUGCAGUCCUUUCGUUUCAGUUAGGAAGUGAUCAGUCAAUGAAUCAAUGGUGAUGAAGAUAAUGACGACAACCAAACGAUGCUUGCGUUUGUAAUGUUCUUUGUUAUUUUGUUAGCAACCAUAAUGAAGAGAAUUAAAUGCUUUUCUUCCUCUCUU